AUGAUUAUUAUAAAUACUUAAAAACCUUAAGGAGGAGAAAAUAACAUAGGACUUGGAAGAUUUAGAAGAACACAAACACUAAAAUUUGUGAUAAUUAUGAAAAAUAUAAAAACAAGUCGUCAUCUAAAUAUAGAAUAAAAAGUUCAGAAUCUUCAUAAAAUGUUGAUAAUCUUAACUUUUUUUAGAGAAAGAAUUAUGAUGUUAUGGACGAUUUUGUUUUAGAUGCCAAUUGAUCCAAAACUAAGUAGCUUUGAUAAAAAAUGA